ACCAACCCUUAACGGGGCCGCUUCCCUCCCGCAGGCUCUUUCCAACGUCCCCCCCCUGCGGAAUUACUUCCUGGAGGAGGACAACUACAAGAGCAUCAAGCGUCCCCCGGGGGACAUCAUGUUCCUGCUGGUGCAGCGCUUCGGGGAGCUGAUGCGCAAGCUGUGGAACCCGCGCAACUUCAAGGCGCACGUCUCGCCCCACGAGAUGCUGCAGGCCGUGGUGCUGUGCAGCAAGAAGAACUUCCAGAUCACCAAGCAGGGGGACGGGGUCGAUUUCCUCUCCUGGUUCCUCAACGCGCUGCACUCGGCCCUGGGAGGCACCAAGAAGAAGAAGAAAACCAUCGUCACCGACGUCUUCCAGGGCUCCAUGCGCAUCUUCACCAAGAAGCUGCCUCACCCCGACCUGCCGGCCGAGGAGAAGGCGCAGCUGCUGCAGAACGCCGAGUACCAGGAGACGAUGGUGGAGUCCACCUUCAUGUACCUGACGCUGGACCUGCCCACGGCGCCGCUCUACAAGGACGAGAAGGAGCAGCUCAUCAUCCCCCAGGUGCCCCUCUUCAGCAUCCUGGCCAAGUUCAACGGCGCCACCGAGAAGGAGUACAAGACCUACAAGGAGAACUUCCUCAAGCGCUUCCAGCUCACCCGCCUGCCGCCCUACCUCAUCUUCUGCAUCAAGCGCUUCACCAAGAACAACUUCUUCGUGGAGAAAAACCCCACCAUCGUCAACUUCCCCAUCACCAACGUGGACCUGCGGGAGUACCUGUCGGAGGAGGUGCAGGCGGUGCACGCCAACACCACGUACGACCUCAUCGCCAACAUCGUGCACGACGGGAAGCCCUCCGAGGGCUCCUACCGCAUCCACGUGCUGCACCACGGCACCGGUAAGUGGUACGAGCUGCAGGACCUGCAGGUCACCGACAUCCUGCCGCAGAUGAUCACGCUUUCCGAGGCCUACAUCCAGAUCUGGAAGCGGCGCGAGGAGGACGAGACCAACCAGCAAGGCGCCUGAGCCCCGCGGGGCCACCCAUUAAAGGACUCCACGUGUUUUUUUUUAUAAAAAACCCUUUUUCCGCC